AUGGCGAAGAAGAAGGGCGGUGCCGCGAAAGGGGCGGCGAAGCAGGAGGCAAAGGAGCUGAAGAAGAAGAAGCAAGAGGAAAAGGCAUCGAAGGCGGCUAAAAAGAAAAGCGGCAAGGACGCUCGCGAGGCCGGCGAGGAUGACAUCGAGGCGAUUCUGGCCGACAUUCUCCAAAAGGAGGCCAAGCAAACCGCGGUCACUGUGACGGUGUGCGAUGGACCCCCUUCUCCCAGGGCCAACUUCACGGUGACCUCCCUCCCCUCCGGCGACAUGAUCCUUUUCGGCGGGGAGUGCUUCGACGGCCAGGACACCAAGUGCUUCAAGGAUCUCUUCCGGUGGAACGUCGAGAAGAACGAGUGGCGCCAGAUCGAGUCGCCCAACACCCCGCCCCCCCGGUGCUCCCACCAAGCGGCGUAUUUCAGAGAUCACUUGUAUGUGUUCGGCGGGGAGUUUGCCACGACGGACCAGUUCCGCCACUACAAGGACUUCUGGCGACUCAACGUCAAGACGAACGCUUGGGAGCAGCUGGAGACGUUAGGCAAGUCCCCCUCAAUGAGAAGCGGCCACCGCACGGUGGUGUGGCGCAAUCAGCUCGUCCUUUUCGGAGGGUUCCACGAGGCGUCUCGCGUCACAAGUUGGUUCAACGACCUCUACAUCAUGGGUUUCCAGGACCUCAAGUGGCGGCGGAUAGAGUUCCCCGCCACGGCUACGAUACCUGCCCCAAGGAGCGGGCACCAGAUGGCGGUGUACGCACCGGGGGAACAAAUAUUCCUGUAUGGGGGGUAUUCGAAGGAGAGGGAGCCUGGGCAGAAGAAAGAGGGCAAGACUCUCAACGACAUGUGGGUUUUGAACAUGAAGCCAGCCGUAUCCGGGGGAAAUCCGACAUGGGACCGGAUCGGGAAGAAGGGGGCCCCGCCGUCGAUCCGAUCCGGCGCGGCGAUGACGGUCCACAAGAACAGGGCCUUGCUCUUUGGAGGCGUUUUGGACCACGAGGGGCCGCAGCAUGCCCUCAGGUCGGUGUUCUACAAUGACCUCUUCGCGUUCGAUAUGGAGCGGCGGCGUUGGUACCACCUAGCACUGAAGAAGGCAGGCAAGAAGAAGGCCAAGGAGAAGGGCAGGGGAAAGCACGGGACAGCAGGACCUGAACAGGCGCAAAACGACGACCAGCAGGAGGAGGAAGAAGAGGACUACAUCGACAGCGAUGACGAGCGGGAGGAUGGCGAGAAAGCCCCGCACGAGAACGCCUUCGUGUACAUCGACGAGUCCGGCAAGCUGGUCUACGUAGAGCCGGAGGAGGAGGAGGAGGGCGGGGAAGGCGACGUCAAGGGUGGAGGAGUGGCGGCGGGUUUGGAGGAGAAAGAAUCCGGUUUGGAGGAGAAGGAGGAGAAGGAGGAGACGAAGGACGAGAAGGCUCACGCUGUUGCAGAGGAAGUACCUUCGGCCACUACGGCAGGCGACACAUGUUCAUCUCAGCAAGCGCUAGGUGGAUUGGAAGAGAAGCACGACGACAAAGCAAGAGCGGACGGUGUCGCCCCAUCCCCUGCUGUCGAUCCCGCCGACGUUCACGUCCAGCUCAAAGUCCAAUCGGGUUCGACGGCAGAUUCGGUGCCGGAUGCCGGGGAUGACAAGGGAGGGGAUGCCGAAGAAGCGUCCCCGUGUCCAUUGCCCCGCAUUAAUCCCUGCCUCACCGUGCGGGGCAACACUCUUUACGUCUACGGCGGGCUACUCGAGGUUGGCGACCGCGAGUUCACGCUGGACGACUGCUGGAGCCUGGAGCUCAACACGCGCGUGGCUUGGAAACGGGUCCAGGAGGGCACGAUGGACAAGCAGAUGUGGAAGGGGGAAGAGGACGAGUCGGAGAUGGGGUCAGAGUGGGGAGAAGAGGAAUCAGACUCCGAUGACUCCGAAGACGAUGAUGAUGACGGGGAGGAGGAGGACCGCGUCAAACCGGUGUCGGCCGGCAUGAGCUGCAUGACCCUGGAUGGGGGCGACGCGGUUGAAAACGACGGUGCCGCAAAGAAGACUGCCAAGACCGAAAAAGCCAAGAAGAGCAAGGGAGGCAAGAGGGGUAAGCACGGGGGUGUGCGAGAGGAGAUCAGACACCUGCAGGAGCUGCUUGACGUUGAUGACCCCAACAGGACCCCCCAGGCCGGCGAGGCGAUGCGCGAUUUCUUCGAUCGCACGAAGUUGUUCUGGACAACCGAGAUCGUGCGAAGAAGAGACGAGUCCGAGGUGCCCUUGGAACCCAUGACUGAGAAGGCGCUCAGACGAGACGCCUUCGCGCUCGCGGGGGAAAGGUACGCCGAGCUCGAGCCCUCGCUGGCACGCCUGAACGCUCUCGAGGCGGAGCAGCGGGAGUUGGAGGCACGGGAGGCGGAUAAGAGGAGGGAAAAGAAGGUCUCACGUCCUCGUUCGAGUCGAGGAUGAUGCCUGCACGUUGGGGCCAAAUCACGGAAUGUUGUGUCGUGACGAGGCCACAUGAGUGUCUUCAUUGAUCGUGAUGUGGCAGGAGAAUGGUCGGUCCGUAGUAGACCGAUCCGUUCCUGUAUGCAGCGAAGAACUGGAUGAAUGAAGGAGUAACAGCCAAGGAAUUGGCGCGGGGGAUCAUUUUGCGUGUGUGUGUGUGGGGGGCGUAACCAGCGUGUGUUGCAGCUGUCUAGCCGAAUCGAAAAUUCGUUUGUAGGUUGAGCUUCGUCUCUGUCCUGCCUUCCGGUCUUGUCUGACUUGAGCAAUGAACGCCAAAAGCGUCCUCCAAGCGUCCUUUCUGCUUGCCACCGAAUCAUCACAGAGGAGCCAGCCCGGAGAUCACUGUGCACCUGCCAAGUGGUAUGCGUUGUAGCGCUUGAGCUUGUUUGCGUGAAGAAAAUAUUUUUGUGGUCAUGGAUGUGGUAACACUCCCCCCCAUCCUUGACGGUGGCAACAACAUUCCGUGUGACAUGAAUGCCACCCGAAGUUCAUGCUCCCGCCUCAGGCUACAGCCGCCAUUGAUGGUGCCUGCGUAUAUAUCUAUUCUGAACAUACGCUUCAGUU